CUCAAAAGGAAGCAAUCAUAUGGGCAGAAGAUUGUAUGGUGAGAUACUCAUACAACUUGAUAUUUGGUAUUAAACAAGAGGACCCUCUUGAGUAUGUGCCUAGCCCAAACCCUGCUAAAAAUCCCCAACAGUUUGAGCUGGUGCUUAGCCCCUUGUUGGAUAUCUUAAGUGAAAAAGCUGCGUCAGGGGAUUCUCUUAAAAAAUUUGCAGCAGGCCAUGCAACUGUCCCUGGAGGUGAAACAAUAUACGCACUUGCUCAGUGCACUCCAGACAUAGACAAGCAAAAUUGCAGCAGUUGCCUUAAACAGUCCGUCACAGAAAUUCAAACCUGUUGCGGUGGAAAGCAAGGAGGAAGAGUUCUUAAACCCAGCUGCAAUUUAAGGUAUGAGGUUAGUCUUUUCUUUGGGUCUACAGCCAAUUCGUUAGUAGAUAUUCCAGCUCCAGUUCCGGCAGCACCAGCACCUGAAGAAGCAAAAAAGAAGAGUAACACAAAACAAACUGUCAUCAUCAUCGUUGUGGUUUUGGUUGUUUUUGUCACUAUUGUCAGCAGCAUAUGCUUUUUCUUCAGAGUAAGGAAACGAAGGGUAAAACUUGAACAAGAUGAGAAUUUGGAAGACGUUAGUCUGGUGGAAUCGUUGCAAUAUGAUUUUGAAACUAUAAGAUCUGCAACAGAUGACUUCUCGGACGCAAAUAAGCUUGGACGAGGUGGGUUCGGAGCUGUUUACAAGGUAACACAACAAUCGCUUUCACAAGAAAAAAUCUAUUAAUCUAAGCAUGGUUUCCUU